AUGUUGCAAGCCAUUUUCGCUAUUAUAUUGAUUUCCCUCUGCUAUUAUUUCUUUCGCAACGAGAAGACUAGUCAUAGUCUCCCACCUGGACCGAAACCUCUUCCCAUUGUCGGCAAUAUUGCACAUCUGCCCCCGAAGGGGAUUCCGGAAUACCAACACUGGCUGCGUUUCAAAGAUGAAUACGGGCCCAUCAGCUCCAUCACCGUACUCGGCACAACGCUCAUCGUAAUCCACGACAGGCAAGCAGCACAUGGCCUUAUGGAAAAGCUUUCUGCCAAGACGUCGUCGCGGCCCCAGACGCAGUUUGCGACUUCGCUAAGCGGGUUUGGCGCGUUCGUGAACGCCAUGCCGUAUGAUGCUACUUUCCGCCUGCAUCGUAGGUUGAUACACCAGCAGUUGGGUACAAAGUCGAGCGUCGCACCAUUUCGAGACGUUCAGGAUGUCGAGUCACGUAGGUUUCUUCUCCGGCUGCUAGAUGAGCCUCGUAACUUGGUAGAACAUAUCAAAACUGAGGCGAGCGCGAUUAUCUUGAAAAUAGUAUAUGGUUACUCUGUUGAGCCGCGGGCACCCGAUCCUUUGGUCCUCUUGAUCGAGCGCAUGAUGCAUAAUUUAUCGCUGGCAGUCAUUCCUUUAGCGUGGCCUGUCGAUUAUUUCCCGGUCCUCAACUAUCUUCCAGAAGGGCUGCCAGGUUCAUCAUUCAAAUCUGUGGCCCGCAGAUGGAACAAGAUCAAUCAGGCAGUUUUGGAAAUUCCCUAUGCGUUUGUUCAACAGCAGAUGGCGAAGGGAAUCCAUCGGCCAUCCUACGUGGCUUCGGCUCUCAAUAGUAUCUCUGGAAAUGAUACCGAUAGUUGGAACAAAGACAACAACGAAAAUGCUAUCAAGUCAACAGCCGCAAUCAUGUAUGGAGGCGGUGCCGACACUACCGUGUCGGCUCUUACUAGCCUCGUCCUAGCUAUGAUUCUGUUCCCAGAAGUUCAGCGGAAGGCACAGCAGGUACUUGAUGCCGUCGUCGGCACAGAAAGGCUCCCCCGGUUUGAAGAUAGACCAAAUUUGCCUUAUGUCAAUGGCAUGGUGAAGGAAUCACUGCGAUGGCUUCCGGUCGUCCCCAUAGGAACUGCGCAUGUCACUGAUGAGGAAAUUAUUUUCGCAGGGUUCCGUAUCCCAAAGGGGGCAUAUUUGUUGCCAUCAAUCUGGUGGUUCUUGCAUGAUCCGUCAAUCUACUCAGAUCCGUCCAUUUUUGAUCCAGACAGAUACUUGGAACCGCGCAAUGAGCCAGAUCCUGCGACAGAAGCUUUUGGAUAUGGUCGCAGGAUUUGUCCUGGGCGAUAUUUGGCUGAUGAGAGUCUUUUCCUGACGAUUUCCCGUCUGAUAGCAAGCUUCAACAUCACCAUGGCAGUUGAUGACCAAGGAAAGGGGAUUGUGCCCGAGGCGAAAAUCACCCCUGGCUUGAUUGGCCAUCCACUGAGUUUUCCUUAUGAUAUUAAGCCCCGAAGUGUCAGGCAUGCGGAUCUCAUACGAAAUGUCGAGAUUGACCACCCCUGGGAGGAAGGUAGCUCCAACCUACUCUCAAGGGAAUUUAUCGAGAAUUACGGUGGGGUCUUAUAA